AUGGCCCGCACUAAGCAGACCGCCCGCAAGUCCACUGGUGGCAAAGCCCCCCGCAAGCAGCUCGCAUCCAAGGCAGCUCGUAAGAGUGCGCCGUCUACCGGUGGUGUCAAGAAGCCUCACCGCUACAAGCCCGGAACCGUCGCUCUCCGUGAGAUCCGUCGCUACCAGAAGUCGACUGAGCUCCUCAUCCGCAAGCUGCCCUUCCAGCGUCUUGUUCGUGAGAUUGCCCAGGACUUCAAGUCCGAUCUCCGCUUCCAGUCCUCCGCCAUCGGUGCUCUUCAGGAGUCCGUCGAGGCCUACCUCGUCUCCCUCUUCGAGGACACCAACCUCUGCGCCAUCCACGCCAAGCGUGUCACCAUCCAGAGCAAGGACAUCCAGCUCGCCCGCCGCCUCCGUGGUGAGCGUGGUUAA